GAAGCAAAGGCAAAGGCAGAGUGGGGCGAGAGAGCUCGAGAGCUCGAGAGCAGCGUGACUGCCAUGAGCCCCACACACGCCCACACACUCUCGCCCCCGAAGCUUCGUCCCCACCAUGGCCGAUGGGUUCGUUUUUAUCGAACCCACACCCUCCCUUUUCCCCUCAUUAGCUGCAUCUGUGUGUGAAAUACAGAUAAUGCUGUGUGGUGGGUCCUCCGUGGCUGCUGCAGCUGUGCUCUAGGGUUUUGUAACGUCGGAUAUUGCUCCGAGGUUUAGUAGCAUGAGGGAAAAGAGGUGUAGGAUAACAUUGGAGUUGUAGGGGGGAGGAGGGAUUGAGUAAGUGAGGGCAAAAGUUACAACUGUGUUCUGAUAGGGAAUCUGCAGGGAGGGAUUUAGUAAGUGAGAGAGAAAGCUACAACCUUGUUUUGAUUAGGGUUUCUGCAGGGAGGGAUUGAGUUUUGAAGAGGAGGAGGAGAAGAGAUCCAGUGGUGUUUUUUUUUUCCCUUGGCUAUCAUCGCAUGGCCGAGGGAGUAGCAGGGGAUUUACGGGAGCGACCGUUUCUGGCGCAGAGGGAGCACGUGGAGAAUUGCUAUGGCGGGACGGCAAAUGCUUCGGCAUCUCCCGUGACGGUGUUGCAGCAGCAGGAGCAGGACCGGGACCAGCUCCAUGAUGGAUUGGGGUUCCGCCAGUGGAUGCUGGCGGGGUCAGUGGCCGGCAUGGUGGAGCAUAUGGCAAUGUUCCCUGUAGACCUGGUGAAGACGCGCAUGCAGAUGUUGCAGUGUGCUGGUGGCGCUGCCCAAAGAUCCGUAUAUGAAGCGUUUUUCGCAAUUUUGAUGAAGGAUGGCCCGCUGGGGUUGUACAGGGGAAUUGGAGCUAUGGGACUUGGGGCAGGGCCAGCGCAUGCUGUUUAUUUUGCCGCUUACGAGACGUUGAAGGAAUACUUGGGGGGUAAUAAGAGCGGACAUCAUCCAUUUGCGCAUGCGCUUGCGGGAGCUGGAGCUACAAUUGCCAGUGAUGCCGUGUUCACGCCCAUGGAUGUGGUCAAGCAGCGGUUGCAGCUGGUUCACAGCCCUUACAACGGCGUUUUGGAUUGCAUUAAGAAGACAAUGAAAGAGGAAGGGUUCUCUGCAUUUUACAAGUCCUACAGGACCACUGUAGUGAUGAACAUCCCCUUCACGGCUGUUCAUUUCGCGGCUUACGAAGCGGGAAAGAAAGUCUUAGGAGACAUUUAUCCAGAUUAUGCGGAUGAGGAACAUUUGCUGAUGCAUAUUACUGCUGGUGGAGCCGCUGGAGCAUUGGCUAGCGCUGUUACAACCCCGCUUGACGUGAUCAAGACAAGGUUGCAAUGCCAAGGUGUAUGUGGAGCUGAUAGAUACAAAAACAGCUCUGUGUUAGCAGUAGCCCGCAACAUUGUUAAACGGGAAGGCCCAGGUGCACUUUGGAGAGGUAUGCGACCUCGUGUACUAUUCCAUACACCAGCAGCUGCAAUCUGCUGGUCUACGUACGAAGCAGGCAAAUCUUUACUACAACAAUGGAACGAUGACCAAAGGCUUUCACGUUCUUAAUGAGUACUGAGCACUCCUUCAAUCACCGGCCGGAAUCGGGGAAUGGUCGUAACUUCAAAUGGUUUGCUGACUUACUCGAGGCAACUAAAUGAUCUGGGUACAUUCCCCCCCUACGACAUAUGAUUUGUGAGAAAGUAAUGACCUUCCUAGUGUUUGAGGAACUGGAGCGCGUUCACAAGAGUGACAGUUUCACCAGACACCAGUGAUCACCUCCCUUGGGUGAAUAUUCAAGAGUUUCAAGCACAGAUGCUUGUUAAAGUAGUUAGUUAAGAAGUUGCUUUAGCCUGUUUGCCUUACAGCCAGGAGGAAGGAUGAUUCAUAGAGAUUUGAUUUGUCUCGCACAAUGUCAAGUAAGCCGAUUGUAGAACGAGAGCUUUCCAGGGUUGCUAGAGUAGAAAAAACUCUGGAGCAAUUUAUGUGAUAGAUGUGAAACCAUGCCAUUGCAAUUACCCUUCCGCACGGCUACAAUUUUGUUGACCUCCCUCACUUGUGAAUUUCUUAUUAUGUCGAAAAAUCUGAGAAAUCAGAGAAUAUGUGACAACCAUAUGACAAACAUACAACUGUAACGUUGAAAGACGAGCUUUUCAAGGUUUUCAUUUGCAUGAAUUCCAGAUUUAU